CCGAUUUCACCUUUUUAUUUUUGUCCGGGAAGGCUAACACGUUUUAGCACUUAUUCCUUCAUCAGAGAUACCAUUUGUAUGUCUCUGAGUGUAGUUUGAAGGAAGUUAAAAAAUAGUUUCGCGAGCCAUUGCUAACUAGCGUUAGCGCAAUGCCUGGAAGUCUACCAGAACAGCUAGCAUGCUCGCACUAUCCCUUUAAACUCACACUGACCCUGAUCUAUGCUGCCACUAGAACACUGUGGCACUGUGACCCACUUAAAGCUAUUUUAGUGUUAUGACCAUGUCAUGUUUGUAACCAGGACCCACCAUUUGGUGGACAUUGAUUUAUAAUUCCCUCUGAGUUGUUGCACACAGGGAGCAAACUUGCACAGCUUUAGAUACUGUUGGCGCUGUAUCUUUGGGAACAGUUGUUGCAGUGAGUGACAUGUUACGUCUCAGUCUGAGGGUGUUGUUGUAGGUCCACAGACUGAAACGCAGGGGGCAGAAAGACACAGUGCCCUGUCUCACACUCCUCACCCCUCUGUUCCUCUCUUUCAGCCUCUCUUCUCUCCCCUCCCCUCCCCUCUCUCCCUUAGCCCUCUCCUGUCUCGCUCUGUCCCUCUGUCAGUCUAUUUCCAGUGCUAGCUGAGUCAGGCGAAUAGCUCUCAGCUUGGAAUGACACAAAUAGGAAGGACUCCAAUACUCUAAGAGGGUCAGAUACCAACAGAAAAAUAACAAGAAACUUUAGAAAACAUCAGGAACUACGGAAAAAUACUGAAACCUGCUAUAAACUACAAAAAUGGACUCUGAUAUGGCGUUGACGGAAUUACAGGAGCAUGAGUUGCCAGAGGCCGUCGUUGAGGAGGAUGAAGACGACGUGGAGGAACUCAGGAACAGUCUGCGGGAGGUGGUCCAGGACCAGUCUGUGAAGCCCAAGCUGCAGUGUCUGAUGGUGGACCCGUCCUUCUCCAUGGUGACAGUUCAGAGUGAGGACAGCGGCAUAGUCUGGGAAACGGCCUCCAGCCGAUGCUCCACCCCCUGGGCGUCGGAGGCCAGCUACAGCUCUGACACCUACAGUUUGGACGGCUCUGCUACCGGUGGUGGAGGUGCACAGGGCAAAAUCACCAUUGUCUUCGAUGAGGACAAGAUAGUUCGGAGGAGGAAGAGGACGAGAGGAAAGGCCAGGCUGGGGGAGAGGCUAAGGAGACCCGGGAGCUCCAGGUCUGGCUCGGCACUGGGGGUGGAGAGGCCUGAGAUGGCUGAGGUGUCUGUGCCAAACAUCCGAGUGGAGAGUGUAGAGUCAGACACAGAGUCAGGGGAAGUGAAAGACAAAGAGCAGGAGCUGUUUAGUCUGAUCUCAGAGGGUUAUGAGAUCCUCAACAUCAAAGUCCCGUCCAAACUGCCCACAGUGGACGAGGAGGAGAGCACUGAGCUGCAGGAUAACCUGUCCUACUUGGAGGAGACACCCAGGAUCAGGUCCAAAUCCAGGCGGGGGUCUGAGGCCUUACCUGCCCAGGACUACCCAGAAAUGAAGGAGGUACAGGAGGGCACAGAAGGAGUAGGAGAGUCUAAGCCCUCAGAACCCACAGAGCAACAGGGGCCUCACAGCCACAAGGACGGCACCAGCAACAUGGACUACUUUGAGGCGUUUACCCUGCUGGAUGAGGUGGUUCCUGGGCAGCAGGUUCCAGAGCCAGUGGGAGACGAGGCACCCGUGAAGCCCCAACGAGAGGAGCCUAAUCUGGGGCAGAUGACAGCCACAGACAGCCUCUCUGCAGCUCCGGACGAUGACUUUGUGUUUGUCACAGACAUGGAGAUUGCCAGCGAGCGUUUGGAUGAGGUGUUCUACGGGAACAAACACCACGCACCCCCAGAGGACCUGAUGAAAAGGGGAGAAGAGGAAGAGGAGGGAGGGAAGGAAGGAAGAAGGGAGAGUCUGAGGUCUCUGAAGGAGAGUGGGUCAGCGCUGUUCGGCAGAGAGGAGAGCAUCCUCACCCCCAUCUUCCUCUCCCCGGGACCCCCUAAGAUCAUUGAUCCCAUCCUGCUAGAGGAACCCACAGCCAUGUCCUUCCUCUACUCCGACCUAUACGAGGACGCCAUGGGGGAGAGGAGGAGGAGCGACGAGGAAGGCUCAGAGGCAGAGAGCGUGGGGUCGGACAGAUCGUUCCAGAGGCGACUGUCUGAUUCAGAGGAAACAGACGGAUACCUGGAGAAGUUUAUCCUGAAAGACGAGACUCCCAAUGUGGAGGACCAAUCAGAAGAAGUGGAUGGUAAAGGGGAGGGGCUAAUGAUGUGGUCGCAGAGUAAGUUUGAGCUGACCGGAUUCCUAACGAGAGUGGUGGAAGAAGAAGAAGAAGAUGAGAAGGAGGAGUGUAAGGAGGAGAUCAAAGCUGCAGAGAUGAAUGGGUACCUGCAACCAGCAAGAUAUAAAGAGAUGGAGCAAUCAACAGAGAUGGAAGAAUCAACAGAGAAAUCUUUGCUGCACAUCAAGGAAACUGGUCCUGAUAAAGACUCUGAGUCUGUAAAUACAGACCGCAAAGUGUCUCAAGUUGAGAAGGACCAUCUAGUCACAGGAAAGAAACCUGAGAAGGUUGAUGUGGUAGAGGAAGCUAAAAGUGAGACAACACCUGAGGCACAUGAGUCAGAGGUUGACAGCCAGGAGGAGGUAGUGUCAGAUAAAGUAUCCCAUGAAACAGAGCUACUAGCUCAGGCAGAGGAGGUGAAAAAACUAGACGAAGUAGAAGUGUCUAGAGUGGCAAAACCAGUUGUAAUUCAGGAGCCUGUGGUUGUACAGGUGAACCAGGUGACAACUGAAAGUAAAACAGAGACUGUAGUUAAAGCAUCUGAACCUGUAAGAGCAGAGGAUGCUAUUAAAGAUCCAACUGAGGCCAUAGCAGGAGCACAGGAGCUACACAGGGUGUUUCACAAGGCAGUUACUGAUUUAUCAGUAGAUAUUGUGAAAGUAUCAGAUGAUACUAAAAUGGCAUCUGAAAUUGCAGCUGAAGCAAUCAAUAGAAUGGAAAUGCUAGCUGAAGCAAACAAAGUUGAAAAAGUAGAGAAUAGAUCUGAGGAGCCUGUGAGUGUAGCGGAGGAGUCCUUCAAACACAAUCCUGAACCCGAAGUAGUUCCAACUGCCCCUCCUGCAGAAGCUGCGGCGCGAUGGUCGUCACCUCUUGCCCCUGCUGAGGGAGAUAAGGGACAGGAGGAAGAGCCAAUGAAGAAGCAGGACUUGGAAGGUGAGGACGAGUGGGUGUUCACUCCCCUCAGGAGCUUUGCUCCUCAGGAAGACCUCUCUGAGCUGCACAGAGAAACUGUGGUUUCAGAGAUAGAGCUGCACACUGACGCUGGGUUCACGGAGAGAGUGCUGCACAGGGAGACUGCAGAAGAGCUGGAGUAUGAGAUAAUCUCGCAGCAGGAGGCAAGAGAGAUGAUGGUGUCUGAGACAGAGAGAAAACAGCUGUGCCCAGGCCCUAACUCUAAUCUAGAGAGAGAGAGGGAGCUGGAGAAAGAAAAGGAGAAAGAGAUGGAGUUGGAGAGGGAGAGAAAGAAGCAGAGGCUCAAGGAGGAGGAGAGACAGGAGAGGGGGAGACAGGAAAGGGAGGAGAAGGAGAGACAGGAGAAGGAGAAACAGAUGGGGUUAGAAAGAGAAAGGGAGAGGCUAAGGCUGAAGAAGGCAAAGGAGAGACAGGAGACAGAGGACAAGGAGAAGAAGGAAAAGGAGGAGAGAGAAAGGGAGAGGCAGAGGCUUAAGGAAGUGAAGAAGACACAGGAGAGGGAGAGACAGGAGAGGGGGGAGAAGGAGAGACAGGAGAGGGAGGACAAGGAGAAACAGAUGGAGUGUUUGAGGGAGGAGGAGAGACAGGAGAGGGAGCAGAAGGAGAGACAGGAGAGAGAGGGGAAGGAAAUACAGGAGAGGGAGAGAGAAAGCAACAAUCAGAGGCUGAAGGAGAAGGAGCGACAGGAGAGGAAGAGUGAGAUGGAGUUGGUAUUGGAGGGAGAAAAGCAGAAGGAAAGGGUGAGAGAGAACCUGUUGAUGGAUAUGGAGAGGCAGAAGGAGCGAGAGAUGGAGGAGAGGGUAAGAGAAGAGAGAGGGCUGGAUCUCCCCGCUUACGAGGAGCCCAUUGAGGCUGACUAUGAGAUAUUCGAUGCGGAGGAGGAGAGCCAAGCCAGAGCAGCUGCUGCCCUACAGGGGAUGGAUUGCUUCUGUCUGGGCUGUGGUUGUCUGCUCUCUGAGACUGACAGACUGUCUGGAGGACACCAGGAUCAUGAGGUCACCAGUGUGGAGACAGCCUACGAAGACAUCAGGGAGAGGCUGAGUGAGUGGAUCUCAGAACUGCAGGAGAGAUCAGAGAACAUUGAGGAUCUGGUGUCAGAACUAGAGCUGGGAUACAACACUGUAGAGGACCAUUGCAGGGACAGUGAGGAGGUGAUGGAGGCUCAGAAUGAGGAGAUGAUGGCUCUGGUGAUGGAGCAGUACAACACCAUGUCUCUGAGCAUGGAGGAGGAAAAGAAGGCAAAGCUGGAGCAGCUUUACGACCAGAUCGUCUCCUUCCAGGAGAGUAUAGACCAGGCCAAGGUUACACUGGACACCACCGCUAGAGAGGCAGAGAUAGACCCAGACACACAGACAUCCAAAGACAUCUAUAUGAGGUUAACAGAAGCACUACAGUCAGCCAUGUCACUGGAGCUGGGUCCUCGGGGACUACUAGUGUUUGAAGACUACGCCAAGGGCAAUGCAGUCAAUACACACACACGACGCAAGGGAAUCCCAGUUCCUCAGAAGCCGUCUCUGCAGCCUCAGGAGUGUGCUUCAGCCAGCAGCACCAGUGUGACUGUUUACUGGAGGGUCAACCCUGGAGACAUCAUAGACUGCUUCCAGGUCUACUGUAUGGAAGACCCACAAGGAGCGGUGUCGGAUGAGUACCGCGUGACAGUGAAGGAGAGUUACUGUGUUCUAGAGGAGCUGGAGCCUGACAAGGUUUAUAAGGUGUGGGUGAUGGCUGUCAACUAUACCGGCUGCUCCCUGCCCAGUGAGAGACUACCCUUCAGAACUGCCCCAUCGGUGCCAGUGAUUGAUACGGGGCGGUGUACGAUACUGUGGGACUCGGCCACGUUGCGUUGGAAUGUGGACAACCAAACACCCACGCAGAGUUACACCCUGGAGUACUGCAGACAGUACGCCCUUGAGGGAGAAGGGCUUAGGUCUAUCUCAGGUAUCCAGGGCAGACAACAGAGGGUACUACUGCAUCCCAAUGAGAACUACCUGUUCUACAUCAAAGCUGUCAACAAGGCUGGAGCCAGCGAACAGAGCGAGGCUGCUCUCAUAUCUACCAGGGGAACUAGGUUCCACCUGUUGAAGGCUUCGGCUCACCCUGUCCUGAAACUGUCUGAGGACCAGACCACCCUGUACUACCCCCAGGACACAUACACAGAGAGAGGGGAUGUGGUUAACGAAUGUCCAUCUGUCCUGGGUGAGUUGUUACCCAUGAGGGGGCAUCACUACUGGGAGACCAAUGUGACCAGAAGUCCUGCAUACCGGGUGGGAGUGGCAUAUGAGACAGCCAAUCGGGACAGCCUACUGGGGGAGAACAGCACAUCCUGGUGUCUGCAUUGUGUCCCUACACCCUACAGUUGUCGGUUUGAGCUGCUCCAUGGCAGUGUUCAGUCAGAUGUGUUCGUGGGGGAGGUGCCCUCUCAUAUUGGCACACUGCUAGACUACAAGCAUGGCCGUCUGUCCUUCUAUGACACCCAGCGUGGCCAGCUGCUCGGGACCCUCGCCCACUGCUUCACCCAACCAUGCCACCCUGUCCUGGGCAUGGAGCAGCCAGGCAGCCUGAAAGUCAGCAUGGCCCUGGAGGUGGCCGACUUCGCCAAGCACAGCUAGCCAAGCACCACAUCUUCCCUAUGCAAGAUAUGUGAUCAUAAGUACCCAUGAAUUUAAUAGAAAUCACAUUUUAUAAAGCUAGAACAGUGAUAGCUACAGUUUUAAUGGAAUCAAUAGCCAGUCUCUCUGGACUCUCCCCGAUGAGGGUGGUGCCUAUAGCUGUAUCAGGACAUUCCCUGACUCAGUGAUGAAAGAGAGACAGGACUGAGAGAGGAAGAACUGUAGUUGCUUCAGUAGUAUAGAUUUGAAAGUAAGUGCAAUUCUUUAAGGUAAUUGGAAAAAUAUUUUAUAAAUAGGAAAAACAUAAUCGGAGCAAUAGUCAAUAUCUAUCGAUCAAUUAUUGCUGUUUUAUUUCUCUUGUGAAUUUGACUGAGUGUGUUCUUGUUGAGGUGAAAUGUUUCAUCUGAGAUUAGUAUUAAGUCAUCUUUUGGCUAUAUUUUUUUAACAUAUUUUGUCAAUUGUUUUGCGUGCUUUAAUUUCUCCAGUAUCUUCUUCUCUCUUUUCUCAGCAGUCUUACUCAUCUCUCCUAGAGCCUUUAGUAGGCACAGACUGCCGAGAUGCACAUUAAACUGUAUGCAACUACCAGGGUAUUGAACCCAGGUAAUCUGUGUGACUCAAUACUGUGUUAGCCCACUGAGCUACAUGUAAAAGCAAGGCAAGGUCAUUACAUUUACAUUUACAUUUAAGUCAUUUAGCAUUACUUGGAGAUUGUGUGGAUAAAGACACUAGUAACUAUUUUGUUUAAUGCCAUAGCACUACUUGUGUUUCAUGUUGUGAAUACUGGUGUAUAAAUAACCUUGUAAACAGAUAUGUUCAAUCUCUUUUGUGUAUUUGUUUGGAAUCAUUUCUGAAUGAUGAUGAAUUUGAGUUUUUUCUCUUUGUUGAAUGUGUUCAUGUUAGAGUCUGAUGAAGAGAUGGUUAUUUUUGUAUUUGAGACAGCACUGAAUAAACUCCUAAGGUGAUCUAGAA